AAAAUGGAGAUAUUCUCUUAAAGAAUGUAUUUGUUCCAGAUGAGGAUAGACUACCUGGCGUCAGUUCUUUCCAGGAUACAAGCAAGGUGCUUGCUGUAUCACGUGUCAUGGUAUCAUGGCAACCUAUAGGCAUUGCAAUGGGUGUCUAUGAUAUGUGUCACAGGUAUUUGAAAGAGAGGAAGCAAUUUGGAGCUCCGCUGGCUGCUUUCCAGAUCAAUCAACAGAAGUUGGUUCAGAUGUUGGGAAACAUUCAGGCUAUGCUUCUUGUUGGUUGGCGCCUUUGCAAGCUGUACGAGAGUGGAAAAAUGACACCUGGUCAAGCUAGCUUGGGGAAAUCAUGGAUUUCCUUGAGGGCGAGAGAAACGGUUUCCUUUGGACGGGAAUUACUUGGCGGAAACGGUAUCUUGGCUGACUUUCUAGUAGCAAAGGCAUUCUGUGACUUGGAGCCCAUCUAUACAUAUGAGGGAACCUAUGAUAUCAACACACUGGUAACAGGUAGAGAAAUUACAGGUCUUCCUAGCUUCAAGCCAGCAACAUUGAGGCCAAAGAGUCGUCUGUAGUAUCUCAACCAUCGUCGUAUUCUAGUUCUGGUGAAUUGAGUGCACCUCUAGAAUACGUGUACAAAAAGGGAACUCACUCAAGAAUAUUUAAUCCCUUUUAGAUCAUAAUCAUAAAGUAAGUCUAUACAAUAAAGCAAACAUUGUAUAUGUGCACUUGUUCAUUAUAUGUAUCUAUUUGGCUAUGCAAGCUGGUAUGCACUGUUAUCUUUCUGAUUUUAAUAUAAUUUUUCUUAUUUGAAUA